AAAACCCUUCGCGCAAUGCGCCCGUGCCCUACCUCGCGUACAAACUACGAAGCUCGUCUCGCAAGGCCGCCACCGCCCUCUCGUACGCCAACAGCACCAGCGGAGAUGUUCACCGCGGCGUUGCUCGACGGCGAUAUCCUGGGCCUCGACGCUUUGCAGGGGAUGGGCCCCAUCGAGAAUGUCGCUAUCGACCUCAGUAUCGAGGAACGUCUGGGCAAGGUCGAAGGCUGUUUUCAGGACCCUUCGACCUGGACCCUGGUCCUCAGCCUCAAACCCGAUAUGUUCAUGACGCCCCUCAAGCUCACCCUCGCAGAGUUUGUCGGCGACUUGGGCCAGGUCGACACCCCGACUUGGCUGUUACGCCUCGAAGACAGGGCGGGUAGAUUCGCAAAGCGAGUCCGGUCGUACAAAUGGCUCGAAACCUACGCGUUCAAUCUCCUCACUACGCCGUACCUCAAGCUUCCGAUGGUCAAAUCCUGGGGCAGACUCCUUGCCUAUGUAUGGCGCAUCAAGGACGUAUGCGAGCCACGAGCACGGCGCCCGCGCGAUCCAUCCCGCCCGCUUCCCCGGCCUCGGCGUGUUCGCUCAGCAAAUCAGCUGGUCGAUGCAAUGCUUGCAUUGUCUUUGAAUGGUGCUGGGAGCGACACGAUGACGGAGAGCAAUGGCGCCGGUUACAUGUCGGCGUAGAUAAUUUGAUACUAG